AUAGCACAUAGAUUUUAAAAAUAGGAAAAUGGUCAAAAAAUUGAGAAAAAAGAUAAAUAUCAAUGGAGGCCAAAGAGAGGUGCCGCAUCACCUUGUCUAUACCUAGCUUUAUAUAUAUAAUAAACAUGGCAUUCUUAAAAGACUUUGAAAGAAUAUCUUUGGAGAGGUCAAAUGUGUCAUUUUAUUGUUUUAGACGGGAUUAGUAAUCUUGUGAUUGUUAUCUUAUAUUCUUGUAAAAUAAUACUACAACUGUAGCUUAAACAAUCGCCAUUUUUUUUAUAGCUUUAUAAAAAUUCAAUCAUACUGGGGACUAAAUAAUCUCAAUUUUUAUCCGGGGAUUAUCAUUCUGUAUCCUUAUAAAUUAUAACCAAACGACCCCUUACUAUUUUAGAAUUCUGCAUUGUGCAAGGUUUCCUACUUGUGAUGAGGACUCUCCUUACACUUUGUUGUACCACUUCAUUUAAUGCAGAUCUUAUGAGUUGAUUCCUUCUACCGCUACUUCUAAGUCUCCUCCUUCUCCCACCUUCCUCUUGGUGCAUCAUAAUUCUAAGAAAGUAUCUCCAAGAAUUAGGCCAGUAUUUAUGUUUUAGACUCGUAAAGCUUACCAAAUAAUCCUAACAUAAGUCAUCUAUGGACUUGGAAGUGGUCUGUGUAUGAUAAAAGCCACCAAACCUGGUUGUUCAUAAGCAAAUUAUAGUAAAUAUGGUUGUUGGAUAGUCCAUGACAUAGUUGUCCUAAUUAGAUAGAAACGCAUAACAAACCUCCAAUCGUUUUCUAUUGUCCAAGUAAUUUCCAAUUGACUUCUCUCUACAGCACACUGCCUAAUCCCAAAUAAAUAUUAAUAUAGGACAAAAAGAAACACCAAAGAUUAGAUUUUUUUUUUUUCCUUUUCACAACUCAAAAACCAACUCUCUAGGUAGGUUUUCAUUUUCUUUAAGGAAGCAACUUUGAUUUCCUCCACUGUUUUGUUUCAGUCAAUGUGAUACCAUGAUUUCCCUAUUUUUUUCCACGACUUCCAUAAUAAAGAAAAAUUGUAGCAUCAUCAAGUGAAGUCAUUUUUAUCACCCAAUAUCCUCUGUAUAUCAUCUUGUUCAUGCUUUCUCUCCACCUACUUUUCUACUCACCAUAGACUUCUUAAUAAUCCAUUGCCCUUCUUCCCUUAACCACAUCCAUUUCCCCAUUUCCUCCAAAUGAAUUCCCAAAGCUUUUACUUCUUCUCUUUGCUCACUUUGUUUUCUUGCCUUAUACUAAUUCAUGUACCUCAAGGUUCCAGUAAUCCUGAAUUCUACCAAACUUGUGGAAAUACCUAUAGCUGUGGUGAUAUUACAGGAUUGAGUUAUCCUUUUCGCAAUGUCAAUGAUCCUCCCUUCUGUGGUUAUCCUGGUUUUGAGCUCAAUUGCAAUCAGGAUAAUAUUACCACUAUGGUCAUCAACAACAUCAAACAUCGAAUAUUAGAUGUACAUUUAACAACCCAAACAAUAAGGAUUGUUAGGGAGGAUAUCAUGGAAUCAACUUGUCCUGUUGAUUUAGUUAACACAACUCUGGAUUACUCCCUCUUCGAUUACGCUGCUGGCUAUUCAAACUUGACCUUCCUAUAUAAUUGCCCUGUUUCAUCCAGCCCUGCGGAAACAGAUGUUAUGAUGGCUUGUAGAAGUAGCAAAUAUCACAAUGUUUUCAUACUGCCGGGUGCUGUAGGCCCGGGGAAGUGCAAUGCUAGUGUUACAGUUCCAGUACUUCAAACGAGUGCUGCUACUGUUGCAUCCUUGAAUUCAUCAGGUUUGGGACAAGUGCUUCAACAGGGCUUUUAUAUAAGAUGGAAAAUUGACAGUAAAGCCUGCAGUGAAUGUAUUGACACAAAGGGGAAAUGUGGGUAUGAUGAAUUCAUGAAGCAAACAACUUGCUAUUGUCCUGGUCCUCCAUAUGAAUCUGCUUCUUGUUCAGUUGCUACUUUUGGAUUCUCACCACCAUUACCAAUAUCUAAACCAGCUCCAUCUCCAUCCUCAGGUAAAUGUUCUUGUUUUCCUAAGAACUAUUUCUGGCUCAAUUUGCCUUCUUAG